AUGACCCGUUAUCGAGGUGUUCGUGUGGUGUUGGUGUGCGCGCUGGUGGCAGCGCUAGUGUCGGCUCAGCUGACCUUCAGCCGCGACUGGAGCGCCGGCAAGCGCUCGCCCUCCGCCGAGUCCCGCUUCGACUGCAGCCAGUUCGCACAUAUUUGCCGGCAGUUUAUUCACGACUUGAAACAGUCCCUGGGCAAGGAAAAGUUGGGUAAACAUCGUAAGGCAGAACGAGACGACCUCUCCUGGGACUACGAGGACGAUGACAAGUGAACAUUCAAAAUAUAUAACCAGCUUAUAUAAAACAUUGUAGUCAUUAGAUAAAAUGCUUCUUUGAGUUACAUUUUUUUUAGAAAAAAUUCGCUUUUAUA